AUGGAGAGAAGCGGCUGUGACCCCUGGCUCACUCAGCGCUCUCUUCACCACCUGCAGGACCUGGGCCUUGAGGGGACCCUCCUCACUGACAUCCUCUACAGGAAUGUUGCCUUCCUUAACCCAGUGGACCCCAUCUCCCAUGACCUUCUCGUGAACCUGGCCCGAGACCUGCAGUGCCCCAAAAAGGACUAUGAGCUCUGGAAGUCCUCAGACAAGAUCUGCCGGCAGCUCAUCUACCACCUCACGCCUCACUCCAAGCAGCAGCGAGGGUCCAGCCUGCCCCGGAGGAAGACCCAGAGCUGCCUCAAGAGCAGCCUGCAGAAGACUCUGCUAGCAGAGGAGACCGUGGACCUCUCCGGCAUCCCGCUGUCGGCACGGGACGUGCAGCACAUAACACACUACCUGGGCAGCCACGGGGCUGGUCUGGCGGUGCUGGACCUGAGCUUCACGGGGCUGAGUGAUGAGCUGCUGCACCUGCUGCUGCCCAGCCUGUGGCUGCUGCCCCACCUCACCCAGCUCCUGCUCAACGGUAACCGGCUGACUCGGGCCGCCGCCCGCGAGCUCACCGAGGCCGUCAAGGACACCACCAAGUUCCCUGCGCUGGCCUGGGUGGACCUGGGCAACAACGUGGAUGUGGCCUCCCUGCCCCAGCCCCUGCUGGUUGGUCUGCGCCGGCGGCUCAGCCAGCGCACUUCACUCCCCACCAUCUACGAGGGCCUGGACCUCGAGUCUGGGGGCAGCACGGUUGGGGCCACCGCUGCUGCCUCCACCUGGGGCUCUGCAGCUGCUGGGCCAGGGCCCGAGCCCCAGGCCUGCUGCGCCAGGUGACCCACCACCCACCUGGCUCACUGCUACUGACUGACAAUGCUCUCUAGCACUUGGUGACAGCGAGUGACAGAGGCCCCAGAGGUCCCACAGGCCCCUAAAGAUCCAGUGCAAAUGCUCAGCCUGGGAUUAAGAGGACAGAAGGAGAAUGGGUUCAUAAGAGGCCAGAUGGUCAGCCCAGGCUGGAGUCUCAGCCUUCCCUCAGCAGGAGGGGCCUGUAACCCACAGUACAGACCCCACAAUAAAGGGUGAUGUCCCCCCCGCCCUCCCACCACCA